AAUGAGGAUCCGGCUACAUAUUUACAUCUUAUUUACAGCAAUGAGGAUCCGGCUACAUAUCUGCACUGCAAUGGAUCCAGAACAACUCCUGAUUUACUCUUGAUAAUUGAUCCUGGUUCUGGUCACAAACCAGUCAUUGCUAGCUACCAUCGGCAGCAAAAGCAUGACAAGGAAAGUGCCAACGCAGUGCAAAAGCAUGAGAUGGAGAGUGCCAACUAA